AUGCCUGGGCUGGUCCGGGAAACCCGAUCUCAACACUGCACGCCACCGGGCCAGAGUGACGCCAAGCCAUCAGUUGUGUCUUUCCAGGAUGAAGUUAAUUUGUGUAACUCUGCUCAUUAUUUGUGGAAUUCAAGAUUCAAGAUCAGAUUUUGCCAAGAUGUAAUCAUUUUGGUGUUUGCUGAAAUUUGUCUUUUUUCCCUGUUUUUCCCUCUUCUAACAGAACAGUAUAAUGUAGUUGGACCCACUGAUCCUGUCCUUGCUGUAGCUGAUGAAGAUGUGAUUCUGCCCUGUACCAUCAAACCCGACACCAGUGCUGAGGACAUGAGAGUGGAGUGGUUUAGACUCGAUUUACAAGACUCAGUAGUGCAUCUCUAUGAGGAUCAUAAAGACAGAAAUACAGAUCAGAGUCAGUCCUACAGAGGGAGAACACAACUGUUCAAUCAAGAACUACAGAAAGGAAACGCAUCACUCAAACUCUCAACAGUUCAAGUCUCUGAUGAAGGACUUUACAAGUGUUUAAUUCAGUCCAAAUCCUGGUAUGAUGACAUCACUCUUAAUGUCACAGUUGAAGCUGUAGGAACUCCUCCACUGAUCACAAUAGAUGGGUUUGAUUAUUCUGGAGGGGUUCAUCUACAGUGUGAAUCCAAAGGCUGGAACCCUGAACCUGAACUUGUGUGGUUGGACCAUGAAGGAGUCGCUUUGAAAUCUGAAGCUACAGACACACAGAGAGACACAGACGGAUUCAGCGUUAAACACACCAUCACUGUAUAUAAUAGUGACAGCAAAUACCACUGCAGAGUCCAAAUGAGACAUCAUAUGCUGGAAACAGAGAUUAAUAUCUCAUUCAUCACACUUUUAAGAAAACAUGCAGUGACUGUGACUCUGGAUCCUGAUUCAGCUCAUCCACGUCUCAUUGUAUCUGAUAAUGGAAAACAAGUGAGAGACGGACACACAGAACUAAAAAAGGAUGAAGACGAAGAGCAAAGUGACACCUUUGAUGAAUGUCUUGGUGUCCUGGGAAAGGAAGGAUUCUCCUCAGGGUGUUUUUACUUUGAGGUGCAGCUGAAGGGGUUAACUGAGUGGUAUUUAGGAGUUGCUAAAGAAUUAAUAAACAGAAAGGGGAUGAUCAAUCUGCUUCCUAUAAAUGGAUUCUGGACUGUGGCUCAUAAAAAUGGGUUCAUGUAUGUGGCUUUAGAGUCUGACUUUGCCUCUCUUUUCCAGACUGGGUGGCCACAGAGGGUGGGUGUGUUUGUGGAUUAUGAGGAGGGUCUGGUCUCUUUUUUUGAUGUGGAGGACAGGUCUCAAAUUGUCUCUUUCACUGGCCUGUCUUUCACUGAGAAACUAUAUCCAUUUUUUGGUUUGGGGUAUCUUUGUUCUAAAACCACUGGACAACUGAUCAUCUGUAAUGAUUUCUAA